AUGACUACACCUAAAAACGACAAACAAGACGAAUCAACUCGAAGAAAGCCAAGCAGUGCCAGAAGCAUGCAUAGUGGCCAGCGCCAGGGUUCCUCAGGGAACACAGGGGUUUUAAUGGUGGGACCAAACUUCAGAGUGGGCAAAAAGAUCGGAUGUGGCAAUUUUGGAGAGCUGAGAGUCGGUAAAAACCUCUACAACAAUGAACAUGUUGCCAUUAAACUAGAACCUAUGAAGUCAAGAGCCCCUCAGUUACACCUGGAGUAUCGUUUUUACAAGCAGCUAGGACAAGCAGAGGGUGUUCCAAAUGUGUUCUACUUUGGUCCUGUGGGGAAAUACAAUGCCCUGGUGUUAGAACUUCUAGGACCUAGUCUAGAAGAUCUAUUUGAUCUCUGUGAUAGAAAGUUCACCCUAAAAACUGUGCUGAUGAUCGCUAUUCAGUUGUUAUCACGUAUGGAGUAUGUCCACUCCAAACAUUUGAUAUACAGGGACGUGAAGCCAGAGAACUUCCUCAUAGGCAGACAGUCGACCAAAAAGCAGCACAUCAUUCACAUCAUAGACUUUGGCUUGGCCAAGGAGUACAUCGACCCAGAAACUCACAAACAUAUUCCAUACCGAGAGCACAAGAGCUUGACGGGUACUGCACGGUACAUGAGCAUUAAUACACAUCUGGGAAAAGAACAAAGUAGGAGAGAUGACUUGGAAGCUCUGGGGCAUAUGUUCAUGUACUUUCUACGUGGUAGCUUGCCCUGGCAGGGUUUGAAAGCUGACACGCUGAAAGAAAGAUAUCAGAAGAUAGGUGAUACUAAACGUGCCACGCCCAUUGAGGUGCUUUGUGAGAACUUCCCAGAAGAACUAGCAACAUACUUGCGCUACGUUCGAAAGUUGGACUUUUUCGAAACACCCGAUUAUGACUAUCUGCGUAGACUUUUUACAGAUCUCAUGGAAAAAAUGUCUUAUGAAUGUGACUGGCAAUUUGACUGGGUCGGAAGACAGGUGUCCACCCCGCAGAGCGUAGUUGAAAGUGUAUAUCCACAGCGAGAUGGUACAGCCAGCAGGGAUCGGCCACCAACCCAGAAGGCAAGUUCAAACCAAAGGGGUCACCCUGCCUGGGGCGAGCAGCCUCGUCACACAUAUCUGGGCGACAACCUGGCCUCAAACAGGCACGGGGGCUCUGUACAGGUUGUCAGCUCCACCAAUGGAGAACUUGCUCCUGAAGAUCCAGGUGGGCAGUCCAACACUCCCAUUGCUGCACAACCAGAAGUUGAGAUCACUGAUGAGACUAAGUGCUGCUUCUUUCGCCGUCGCAAGAAGAAGAAGGGUCGUCACAGUUAA